GCACAUUCUCUUCACAAUAAAAAUAGCAAUGCUUGCUUUUCGCGUUAUAGGUUAUGCCCUCAGCUCACUCGAUGACCUACGUAGUUGGCUGGAUUCUGGAGAAAUAUUUCGCCGAUCCGAUCAGGUGGAUGGUGUCCAAUGGAGUCAUCGGUUUUAUUCGGCCGGACGAUGAAAUUGUAUCGAGUCAGAAAAGAGUUCUCCCAUUGACCACCACCAUUCCAAGGCUCUUGGAGUUCACUACAGAGUCCCUCCACUCUCUAAUCUCCUCUCGUUGCCCACGAAGAGUGCUCCAUUCUUUUUCUAGCGGCCAUGUCUCUACCAGCGACCAUGCGCGUGAAGGGCGUACCGGCAACCCCAAGAUUCGUUCGCUGUCGGUCAACAACUGCAUCAGGAUAUUCGAUGCUUGAGGCAAAAUCAAGAGUACGCGAACAUGCACGGAACAUUAGUCGAUCAACGACACAAAAAGCAGAGGCAGCACCCGCCGUACGACCUGCACCUUCAUCAGGAUUUCAACAGAUCCCUACAAAAAAUAAUAAUGUAAACCUCCCUAUGCACGGACCCGGUCCUCAUCCAAGUGCACCUCUGGACCAUACGUUUGUCGGUCUUUCAGGCGGACAGAUAUUUCAUGAGAUGAUGCUACGCCAUAACGUUAAGCACAUCUUUGGAUACCCUGGAGGCGCCAUUCUUCCUGUCUUCGAUGCCAUCCACAACUCUCCCCACUUUGACUUCGUCCUUCCCCGGCACGAGCAAGGCGCCGGACAUAUGGCUGAAGGUUACGCUCGCGUAUCAGGGAAGCCAGGUGUCGUUCUUGUCACCUCAGGACCGGGAGCAACAAAUGUGAUCACACCGAUGCAGGACGCUUUGAGUGAUGGCAUACCCUUGGUCGUGUUCUCAGGACAGGUCGCAACAUCGGCGAUCGGAUCCGACGCAUUCCAAGAAGCUGAUAUCGUUGGGAUAUCUCGAAGCUGUACAAAAUGGAAUGUUAUGAUCAAGGAUAUCUCAGAACUACCUCGGAGAAUAAACGAAGCGUUCAAGAUCGCCACGUCCGGGCGACCUGGUCCUGUUCUCGUUGAUUUGCCCAAGGAUAUAACCGCUGGUAUCCUUCACACUCCUCUGCCAUACAAGGCUACGAUGCCUGGUACCAACCUAGGCCUACCUACCAACCCCUUGCAAUUGCUCGAGCCACCUACCGACGUCGCUAUCAUCCGCCAAGCCGCCGCCCUCAUAAACCAAGCGCAGCGACCCAUCGUCUACGCCGGAAACGGUGUCCUUUCAUCACCCAAGGGCCCCGAACUCCUCCGUCAGCUGUCCGAGCAGGGCAACAUCCCUGUGACGACAACCUUGCAAGGACUUGGUGCGUUCGACGAGGACAACGAACGGAGCUUGCACAUGCUUGGUAUGCAUGGAAGUGCAUAUGCCAACCUUGCGAUGCAACAAGCGGAUGUUAUCAUCGCUCUCGGUGCCCGAUUUGACGAUCGUGUGACAGGCAAGGUCGACACGUUCGCUCCGGCUGCGCGCGCAGCUGCCGCCGAAGGCCGCGGUGGGAUCAUUCACUUUGAGAUCAUGCCAAAGAACAUCAACAAGGUCGUAGAGGCUUCCAUUCCCAUCCUCGGAGACGUCGUUGCCAACCUUGGCACCCUUGUUCCUCUAAUUACGUCGUCGCCAAGGACGCAGUGGUUCUCGGACAUCAAGCAGUGGAAGGAGAAAUACCCCUUCACGUACGUGAAGAGCGAGGCUGGUGCGAGGAUGAAGCCGCAGGAGGUUGUGGAGGAGCUGGACAAGCAGACGUCGAGUUACAAGGACAACGUCGUUGUGUCUACUGGUGUCGGACAGCAUCAGAUGUGGGCUGCUCAGCACUACCGCUGGAAGUAUCCUCGUCAGUUGGUCACUUCUGGAGGUCUAGGAACUAUGGGCUUUGGUCUUCCCGCAGCCAUCGGUGCCAAGGUUGCCGCUCCCGAAAAAACCGUCGUCGACAUCGACGGUGAUGCCUCAUUCAGCAUGACUGCCAUGGAACUCGCAACGGCAUCACAGUACAACAUUGGUGUCAAAGUUCUUGUCCUGAACAACGAGUUCCAGGGAAUGGUCCUCCAAUGGCAAGAUCUGUUCUACGACGCCCGGUACUCGCAUACGAGAAUGACGAACCCUGACUUUGUCAUACUAGCCAGGGCGAUGGGCGUGCAUUCGAUACGCUGUCAUACCGCUGCAGAACUGCCUGCGAAGAUGAAGGAGUUCUUGGAGUAUGACGGUUCAAGACCCGUACUGAUGGAAUGCUUGGUGGAGAAGAACGAGCAUGUGUUCCCCAUGGUCCCCGCUGGCAAAGCUCUGCACGAACAAUUCCUACAUCCCAUCCUCAGGGGAAAAACAAAAGCAUGAUUCUUUGGACAUCGUGCAUCGGUUGGUGGUUGUCGCAUCUGCAUUCAUUUAUUGGCAUUGUAUCACGAUCUUAUUAAUGCGGAAGGGAGGGAGGGUGAAGUGAAACCCUGUCAUACUUACUACUUACUACAUACCUACCAUUAGUGAGGCGAGGCGAGGCGAGAUUUGCAUUGUAUGUUUAAAAGGACCGUAGGCGGUCUAAGUCACGAUCUUUUUUUGACGGAAUGAAACGAGUGUAGUUUGUAUUGAAGUGCAAGAAGGUUCG